GCCGGAUGUAUAUGAGCGCGGGCGGCGGGAUCCCUCUCUCCUUUUUGCCGCCAUCAGAGCGGAGCGUUUCCCGGGGCCGCGCGCAGCAUCGCCGAACACAGCCGCCCGCCGUACAGGAGCAUCACUCAACCCUCAGCUAAGAUGGCCGACAUUGACAACAAAGACCAAGCUGAGCUGGACCCGGCAGAUAUGGAGGAUGUUGAGGAGGUUGAGGAAGAGGAGACGGGGGAAGAUGAAAACAGUAAAGCUCGUCAGCUGACCGUGCAGAUGAUGCAGAAUCCACAGAUCCUGGCGGCUCUUCAGGAAAGGCUGGAUGGUCUGGUGGGCUCUCCGUCAGGUUACAUGGAGAGCUUACCGAAGGUGGUAAAGAGACGCGUCAAUGCCCUGAAAAACCUCCAGGUGAAAUGCGCCCACAUAGAGGCAAAGUUCUAUGAGGAAGUCCACGAGCUGGAGAGGAAGUACGCCGCCCUCUACCAGCCCCUUUUUGACAAAAGGAGUGACAUAGUGAAGGCAGCCUACGAGCCCACAGACGAGGAGUGUGAGUGGAAGGCUGAUGAGGAGGAAGAGCUGACAGUAAGUAAGAAGGAGGAAAUGAAGGAGAAGGCCAAGGUGGAAGACGAGAAGAAGGAUGAGGAGAAGGAGGAUCCUAAAGGCAUCCCUGAGUUUUGGCUAACGGUCUUUAAGAACGUGGACCUGCUCAGUGACAUGCUGCAGGAACACGAUGAACCGAUUCUAAAACAUUUACAAGACAUCAAAGUCAAAUUCUCAGACCCUGGCCAGCCAAUGAGCUUCUCACUAGAAUUCCACUUCGAGCCCAACGAAUUCUUCACAAACACAGUGCUGACGAAAACCUACAAGAUGAGGUCAGAGCCAGACGAGAACGACCCCUUCUCCUUCGACGGGCCAGAGAUUAUGGGUUGCACAGGAUGCACAGUCGACUGGACGAAGGGUAAGAAUGUCACAUUGAAAACAAUCAAGAAGAAACAGAAGCACAAGGGCCGUGGAACGGUCCGGACAGUCACAAAAACCGUUCCCAACGACUCUUUCUUCAACUUCUUCAGUCCACCAGAGGUUCCAGAGAGUGGAGAACUGGAUGAGGACUCUGAGGCGGUCCUGGCUGCUGACUUCGAGAUCGGCCACUUCAUCCGCGAGCGCAUCAUUCCCAGAGCUGUGCUCUACUUCACAGGCGAGGCGAUUGAGGACGACGACGAUGACUACGAUGAGGAGGGAGAGGAGGCUGAUGAUGAGGAGGGUGAAGAAGAGGCUGAUGAGGAGAACGACCCAGAUUAUGAUCCCAAGGUUUAAUUGGUGUCUGUAGAAAAAUAACCCCGCCCCUCGAAGGACGCCAACCCCCCGGCAGAGUGUAAGCAGCAGUGACUUCUGCCCCCUGAACGCCUUGAGGAUCAGCUGCUUCUCAACGGCUUCUCAAAAUAUUAAAAAAAAGAAAAAAAGUUACUUACCGCCUUAUAAUGUUUUGUAUUUUUCUUGGUAGAAAUUAUUUGAAGAAGGAAAAAGAAGGUUUCAAGAAUUUUUGUUACGAAAUCUCAUGGUCAAUAUUCGAAGAGCCUCGGCUCGCUAUACAUAGUAUUUUACUAGACUCAUUUCUUCCUCGUCUUCUGUAAAAUAGCUAGAAUGCAGGACAAAAACCCAAUCACCUCUCCUCCUCCUCCUCCACCUCCUCCUCCAAAAUAAGCAUGAACCUCACCACUGACGUAGCUUUGGGUUCUCGUGACGUCGUUUUUCUUUCUGUUUGCUCUUAGACAACAGCUGUGGUUCCGGCUGCGUCGCUUCAACACAGGAUAAACCCAGUUUAUUAACCCCCACCCCGAUACCCCCACCUCCUCCAGGGCUCUGGUCAGCUUUGUUCCUUGUUUUCAUUCUGGUUCGGUUUCUAUCAGGCCCCCCGUUUUGCACUCGUCAAAGCAGUGAGCGGUUUUCAGCGCCAGUGAGGGAGGAUGGCGGUCUAUACCACGGCCCGGGGGGGGGGGUUGGUGAAGGCAGCAGGGGGGGUUAACUGUCGUUAAGCUGACCGUUAUUAAACCACUUUCCACUCUUGAUACAUUCCAGAGAGCAGAACUGUCGGGCACCAGACGUGACCAACGCCUCUCCCUUGGGCGCUCCUCUCUCCGGGUCUGGUCGGGCCCAUUUUUAAAAGGAAACCAUGUGUUGGCGCUGCUAAAAAUGAUCGGUAACAAGUCUGCUUAUCUUGAGUUUUCCCACCCCGUCUCCCCCUGACUCUGUGGUCCGUCGUGGCCCCGUCAAAACUCUUCGACAUUCCAGAGAAUUCUUCUUGGAUGAAGGAAUGACAGUUUUGAGAGGUUGCCACCAGGUGGCCUCCGCGCCCGCCCGCCCUGCCCUCGUGUUCAUCCAGUUCAGGCGCCAUGUGACUCAUCUAUUCAAUAGCAUUUCGUUCACCUGUGUGUGUAUGUGUGUCCGUGGUGUCCUGGUGUCGCUGUCCUGGGUGGUCCUUGUUCAGAUUUCACCGCGAGUAACCGUGGCGGCUGUCAUUGAACACCCCCCCCCCCCCCCGCUGAGGGUGCGUUCAGGUUCUGCUGUCUGGUUUGUUAGUGCAUUGUUAGUGCAUCACGUUUUCUUUUCUAAAACCCUCGAACCCGCCCUGGAGUAUGUGUUGAAGCUCCUCGAGCGGACCAGGCUCAGCCACAUGUAGCGUCGUGGAUGAACGAAGAGUCCAAACUGAUAUUUGGAAAAAAGUCCCCGCCCCGCCCCCCUCUUCUAAACGACUAAACGUUUUUGUUUUCUGCUCUGGAGAGAUGCAAGGUGACACUAACCUGAGCCUCGGUCUGACCUUUGGGUUCAGGGUUCAUUUUAUCACUGUGAAGGAAAGAGGGCGAAGAGCGGGAAUGUCUUCUCUGUGGCCGCCGCCACCUGGUUACACAGAAGGCCACAGUGAAGCGUUUCAGAGCAAUAGUUUAAGCUAGCAGCCUGAGAGGAGUAGCUAACCUCCCCAAAAUCCAUCCCGACAUCCUUUCAGUUGCGUAGGCGGGCGGCGUCGUGCUCUAGUGGCGAGCCAGGGUACAAACCGCUGGGAAAUGGAAGGUUUCAAACCUUGUUUAUUGGUCAAAGGGACACGGCAAGAUUCUGCCCGGGUCCCUUUGAGCAGCUGUUGUCAAGGCAAAAUGCUAAUGCUACAAGAUACUAAUGUACUCAAUAACUGUUCGUGUAUGUUUAUUCAUGAAUAAAUUGGUUAA